CUGCGCGUCUGUCUCCAUCCAGCUGCAGCCCGGCGCGAUGUGACGAGGAUGCUGUGAAGGAAACAGUGGCUGCCGGACACACUGCGCUUUCAACUCAAAGAUAUGUAUGGAUUCAUCAACACCUGUUUGAAAUCGAUGGUAGUCGAGGAGUUUGGCGAGGAGACGUGGGUCAAGCUCAGGGAUGAAGCCGGAGUCCAGGAUACCUUCCUCACAUACGAGGUCUAUAAAGAUGAAAUCAGCAUGCAGUUAGUAUCAAAAGCCUGCAAGCUUCUAGGAGUGAAGCCGGAGGUCGUCCUGAGGCAGUUUGGAGAAUAUUUCUUUGAGUUCUGCAAACGGUCGGGCUACGACCACAUGCUGCGGACGCUGGCAGGAAAUUUAUUUGAAUUCACCGAGAAUCUGGAUGCACUUCACAGCUACCUCGCCCUCUCCUACAAGGAAAUGAAUGCACCCUCUUUCCGGGUGGAGAGGAACCCUGAUGGUACCAUGCUCCUCCACUAUUAUUCAGACCGCAGAGGACUCUGCCACAUCGUCCCUGGUAUAAUUGGAGCUGUCGCCAAAGAUUUCUUCAACAGUGAGAUAACGAUGGAAAUCGUCAACCAGCUGGAGGAGCUGGAGAGAACCGGGAAGAAGGAGCACGUGGUUUUUCUCGUGACACAGUGGCCCGCUGUGGCUGCUCGGACCAGUAGAACUGAGUCUUUUACAAGAACCCAAUCCCUUCAGCCUUCGGCCAAACGACGCGACGCUCCAGAGCCUCUUCACCGAAAUAGGUCCAGCAUCAAUUUCUCUGCACACAGGAGUCACUGGGAGACAAUCAGAGGGCUGGUUCGCCUCGGGAAAGGCAAACUGUUGAGGGGCUUUCAGCCGGUGUACCCUGCAGCCCUCAACAUUGAUCUGAAGACUUUCUGCCACGCUUUCCCUUUUCACAUAGUCUUUGAUGAGCAGCUGGUGGUGCACCAGGCAGGGGUGAACCUCCAGAAGAUCGUCCCCGGGCUCCAGACGAUGAGCAUCCACCUGGACCUGUACUUCAGCAUUGUGCAUCCUGAAGUCACCUUCACCAUCUCCAGCAUCAGGAAGUUCAUCAACAGCCACUUUGUCCUGCAGACACGCAGGGACAUGAUGCCAGAGGCGUGGAAGGGCAGGCCCAUGCUGCAGCUCCGAGGUCAGAUGAUCUGGAUGCCCUCUCUGGACUGCAUGCUCUACCAAGCUUCUCCACUGCUGAGAAGCCUUCAGGAGCUGGAGGAGAGGGACAUGCACAUUUCUGACAUCGCGCCCCACGACGUCACCCGCGACCUCAUCCUGCUCAACCAGCAGCGACUGGCCGAGAUGGAGCUGUCCAGUCAGUUGGAGAGGAAGAAGGAGGAGCUCCGCCUCCUGUCUCAGCACCUGGAGGAGGAGAGGAGGAAGACGGAGAACUUGCUGUACGCCAUGCUGCCCAAGCACGUGGCCAACCAGCUGAAGGAGGGCAAGGCGGUGGAAGCAGGAGAAUUUAAAGAGUGCACCAUACUGUUCAGUGACGUGGUGACGUUCACUAACAUCUGCUCCCUGUGUGAGCCCAUCCAAAUUGUCCUCAUGCUGAACUCCAUGUACCUCAGAUUCGACCGGCUCACGACUGUGCACAAUGUUUACAAGGUUGAGACCAUAGGGGACGCGUACAUGGUGGUAGGAGGGGUGCCCAUACCCGUCUCCAGCCAUGCUGAGAGGGUGGCCAACUUUGCCCUGGGUAUGAUCUUGGCUGCGAGGGAAGUUAUCAACCCUGUGACGGGAGGGCCCAUCCAGAUCCGAGUGGGUCUCCACAGUGGUCCCGUCCUGGCAGGUGUAGUUGGGGAAAAGAUGCCUCGCUACUGUCUGUUCGGAGACACGGUCAACACCGCGUCUCGCAUGGAGAGUCACGGCCUCCCCGAUAAGAUCCAUCUGAGCCCCACCGUCUACCGGGCUUUGAGGAAUAAAACCUUUGUUAUCCAGAAGAGAGGGGAGAUCGAGGUGAAGGGGAAGGGCAGGAUGACCACUUACUUUCUUGAGAGGAACGUGGGAGUCAGCGAGCAGCAGAUUAUGGGAGUCUCAGACCGAGCGACUGGAGCCAGACAGCAGGACGGCCAGAUGAGCUUCCAGCCAGUAGCUGUUCGGACUCAGCACACGGAUGACCUCUGCUUGAUCCCAAUGAAAUAUGAAGACAGCCCGAGUGAACCCCUGCUGCCAUCACACAUGUCGGAACCCCAGAGCCGCCCAGCAAUCAAGCCCCGGGACUCGGAGAGCUACGGAAGCCUGCACACUGAUGAUCAAUCACAGAAUGGAGACCUUGACCAGUUAAAACAUACAGAAAGAGUUGGCCAAACAGGAGCGAAAUUCACAGAAAAACACAUGGGCGGCUUGGGCAGUGACGGACAAGUGAACCCGGAGGAGCAACGCUUGAUCGAAGGUGCUCAAAAAAAUCAAAGCAAACUCACCCGAACCAAGUUCUGUGUGGUCCUGUGAGCUGGUUAAUUAUCUGCUGAAUGGCUGAAUGACGAUGAAAUGAUUCAUCAAACAAACACGUGCAACAUAUUUAACAUGUGCCAACAGCUUCUUUUGUACAUCGGUCUUAUUAUGUGUCGCAUCAGACUGCUAGAUUUUAGGCAGUGUCUGUGUUUCCCUUUUGUAAAUUUGUCAUACUUGUCAUGUAGUAGAUCAAAUGUUAUAUUAAAGUUUUAGGUGACACCGUACGAUCCGCUUGUAGUGC